AUGAGUAAAGUACCAUGGGUGGGAACAUGGAGGCCUCAUCGUCCAAGAGGUCCAGUCAUGGCCCAAUUUACCAGUCCUGGGCCCAAGUACUAUGUACAGGGAGCAACAGGUUUUGUGUCGCACAUCCCAACCAAAAGGAGAGCCCCUGCCUACAGUAUGCAUGGGACAAAGCCCCUGAUCAGUAAAGAGUGCUUUCCGGGUCCUUACCCUGUGCAGUCCUCUAUGACUCACAGAGGGAAGAAAAGUUCUCCCGCUUACACAAUGGCUGGGCGUCCCAGAGUAAAAGUGGAGACGACACCAGGCCCUGCUUCUUAUUCACCCGAGAGGUCUCAAAAAAUUGUCUAUAAAAAUGCUCCUAAGCAUUCCAUGUCAUUCAGGUAUGAAGGCGCCAAAGUUGACAGCACUCCAGGUCCUAACGCAUACACGAUCCCCCAGGUGCUUGGACCAUACACAGUGACCACAGCCACCAGCCCUAGCUACACCUUGAUGGGGAAGAGUAAGCUUGGAUGUUUUCAUGAAGAUCUCCAUAAGACCCCAGGCCCCGCUGCAUACAUAAAACCAGAUACAGAGCUUUACAAAAAGAGAGCACCAAAGUACUCCAUGGGAUUCCGAACUAAGACUUCAGCAAAUAAACUAGGACCUGGACCUGCAUACUAUGAAGUCGGAAAGGUAUCAUUGAACAAAUCUUGUGCUCCAGUCAUUUCUUUCGGAAUCAGACACUCUGAUUAUACAUCACCUCUUAUUGUGGAUGUCUAUUGA